GCCAUUUUACGCAGGAUGAACCCAAUCAUGUCGUGAGGGAAGCUCGCUGGUCACCUGGGCAGAGCCAGCAGCCCGCCGCGCGUCCCGGUGGUCGCACACAGGCGACAGGUCUGGCCAAAAUGGUGAAGAGGAAAAGCCUGGACGAGAACGAGCCGGAGUGCGGGAAAGGAAUACCGUUCCCCAUCCAGACCUUCCUGUGGAGGCAAACCAGUGCAUUUCUGCGUCCAAAGUUGGGGAAACAGUAUGAAGCAUCUUGUGUGUCCUUUGAACGGGUGCUGGUGGAGAAUAAGCUCCACGGGCUGUCGCCGGCCCUGUCAGAGGCCAUCCAGAGCAUCUCCCGCUGGGAACUCGUCCAAGCAGCCCUGCCUCAUGUACUCCACUGCACCUCCAUCCUGCUGUCUAACAGGAACAAGCUGGGCCACCAGGAUAAGCUGGGUGUGGCUGAGACCAAGCUGCUCCACACACUGCACUGGAUGCUGCUGGAUGCUGCCCAGGAGUGCAACCAUGAGCCCAGCCUGGGCCACGGCUGGUCCGCAGGUAGCAGCAGCAGUGCCUUCCUCCAGCCUGUGGGGAACCAGGGAUCAUCCCCGGGGGCUCCUGGCUCUUGCUCCGGCUCUGCCCUAGGAGGGUCGGGGCCCCAGCACAGCGGUUCCUUGCUGGAGGAGGAUGAGCAUGCUCGCACCAAGCUGUUUCACAAGAGCAUGGCCACCGUGGAGCUGUUUGUGUUCCUGUUUGCGCCGCUUAUUCAUCGGAUAAAGGAGUCGGACCUGACCUUCCGAUUGGCCAGCGGUCUUGUAAUAUGGCAGCCAAUGUGGGAGCACCGGCAGCCUGACAUUCCUGCCUUUACUGCACUCAUCAAACCCGUCAGAAACAUUGUGACAGCAAAGAGAAACUCCCCAGUCAACAACCAGUGUAGCCCCUGUGGAUCUGGCAACCCGGGUCCCAUGCCACAGGGCUUCCAGGUGGUUUGCGAAGCGGCCCAAUCAGAUUCCUCCUCCCCCUCAGCUGGAGAGCAGAGCUGUCGUCGUGGUAACUCGGUUGAGAAAGGUGGCCCUUCCCAACAACCCCCACCAGUCAAAGGCCCUUCCAAGAAAAAGACAUCAGCCCCUGCUGGCCUGCCAACCUCCCUAGCACAACGAGCACGCUACGCCACCUACUUUGACGUGGCAGUGCUGCGCUGCCUCCUGCAGCCACACUGGACAGAGGAGGGUGUACACUGGGCCUUGAUGUUCUACCUGCAGCGCCUGAGGCAGAUCCUGGAGGAGAGACCUGAGCAUGCCCCGGAACCCUUGGUCACGCCUCUGCCACGGCCGCGCAGCAGCUCCAUGGUGGCUGCCACACCAUCACUGGUCAACACCCACAAGACUCAGGACAUGAGUCUGAAAUGCAACGAAGAGGGGAAAUCUCUUAGCACAGAGACAUUUGCGAAGGUUUCUCUGACCAACCUGCGUCGACAGGCAGUCCCCGACCUCGCCUCUGACCUGGGCAUGAACAUCUUCAAGAAGUUUAAGAACCGGCGUGAGGACCGUGAGAGAAAGACCUCCAUCCCCUUCCAUCACACGGGAAAAAAGCGCCAGCGCCGCAUGGGGGUUCCUUUCCUGCUCCACGAGGAUCACCUGGACGUCUCGCCCACCCGCAGCACCUUCUCCUUUGGGAGCUUCUCCGGCCUUGGUGAUGAUCGGCGGGCUCUGGACCGCGGAGGCUGGCAGGCCACCAUCAUGGGCAAAUUCACACGGAGGGGCAGCACCGACACAGCUGCAGACGCCGACAGCCUGAGUGCCAAGCACUCUCAUUCCCACCACUCUCUGCUCAGAGACAUGCCCGACCACUCCAACAGCCACAGUGAUAACACCGUCAAAGAGGUUCGAUCUCAGAUCUCCACCAUUACGAUGGCGGCAUUCAACACCACGGUGGCAUCCUUCAAUGUUGGCUACGCCGAUUUCUUUACCGAACACAUGAAGAAGCUCUGCAACCCCGUCGCUGUCCCUGAGAUCCCUGUGGAGCCUCUGGCCUGCGCCAACCUGCCACGCAGCUUCACCGACUCCUGCAUCAACUACUCCUGUCUGGAGGAAGGGGAGAACAUUGAGGGGACCAAUAACUUUGUGCUGAAGAACGGCAUGCUGGACCUCACUGCAGUCUUGCGGGCUCUCUAUGCUGUCCUCAGCCACGACAUCAGCUCCAGGAUCUGCGAUGUGGCCCUCAACAUCAUCGACUGCCUGCUGCAGCUGGGCGUGGUGCCCGGCAUGGGCAAGAAACUGUCCAAGCCCGACAACAAGGAGAACCAGGAGGCACGAGCAAAAGACGCAGGGGGCCAGGGCCACGGGGGAGGCGCCCAGGGAGGCGGGGCAGUCCCGGGCGCAGGAGCAGGUGGAGGGGGAGAUGGAGGCGGAGGUGGAGGAGGAGGCGGCAGUGGUGGAGGGAGUGGGCAGGGGAGCAAGGAUGAUGUGAAGAAUAACAAGGAUAAUGAUAAAAAGGGAGAGGGCUCUGGCUUCAGCACCCACCGCCUGGCUCUGACCAUGCUGAUAAAGAUAGUCAAGUCGCUGGGCUGUGCCUACGGCUGUGGCGAGGGACACCGCGGACUGUCUGGAGACCGCCUCAGGAUGCAGGCCCAGAACUGCCUGACCAGCCUUUACAAGCUGGACAAGGUGCAGUUUCGACAGACAAUGCGCGAGUACGUCAACAAAGACUCUCUCAAUAAUAUUGUGGACUUCCUGCAUGCGCUGCUGGGCUUCUGCAUGGAGCCCAUUACUGACAACAAGGCGGGCUUCGGGAACAACUUCACCACCGGGGACAACAAGUCUGUGGCGCAGAAUAUGGAGGCAGUGGUGGUGGGAUGCAUGUUCAAGUCCCUCAUCACCCGCUGCGCCUCCACCACACAUGAGCUGCACAGCCCCGAGAACCUGGGCCUGUACUGUGACAUCCGCCAGCUGGUGCAGUUCAUUAAGGAAGCACAUGGAAACGUGUUCCGCAGGGUGGCGCUGAGCGCACUCCUGGACAGCGCAGAGAAGGUUACCGCCACUAAGAAACCGGAAGAAAAGGAGGAGACCAAACAGCCCGGACACAGGAGGUCCGAGGCGGGUGUGUCCGGGGAGAAGGGUCAGGUGUCCAGUGCUGCAGAUGAGUGUCGCAGCUACAUCUCCAGUAGACCCCCCCAGACACCCGAACAUGAUGAACAGAUCCCAGGUGCUCUGCUGGGCAGGAAGGAUUUUUGGAGGAAGAUGUUCAAGUCGCAGAGUGCCGCCAGUGACACCAGCAGCCAAUCAGAGCAGGACACGUCCGAGUGCACUACUGCCCACUCCGGCACCACCACUGACCGGCGCUCCCGUUCCAGAUCGCGCCGCAUUUCGCUUCGCAAGAAGCUGAAGCUGCCGAUAGGCAACUGGCUGAAGCGUUCCUCUCUUUCUGGACUGACUGACGGUGUUGAGGACCUGCUCGAUAUCAGCUCAGUGGAUCGACUCUCCUUUAUACGGCAGAGUUCAAAGGUCAAGUUCACCAGUGCGGUGAAGCUGUCAGAGGGGGGCGCGGUGGGGCCAGAGUACGCCAGGGACGAGGAGGAGAAUUUCUUCAAGCGGCUCGGUAAAUGGAGGUCUGGCCGGAGGAAUCCAUCCAAGCUUCACCACACAGAAGAGAAAGAUGGACCCCAUGGUUUUCAAGAGCGUCUAGCAGCCAGCCAGGAGGCCAUGAAGAACAAGAAUGUGGUGAAUUUGGGCGCCAUUCGACAGGGCAUGAAACGCUUUCAGUUCCUCCUGAAUUGCUGCGAACCGGGAACCAUACCUGACGCCUCCAUCCUCGCUGCCGCUCUGGACCUGGAAGCUCCAGUAGUGGCCCGGGCCUCUCUCUUCCUCGAAUGCGCACGAUUUGUCCACCGCUGCAACCGUGGCAACUGGCCAGAGUGGAUGAAGGGCCACCACGUAAAUAUAACCAAGAGAGGCCUGUCCAGGGGCCGAUCCCCUGUUGUGGGCAACAAAAGAAACCAAAAACUCCAGUGGAACGCUGCCAAACAUUUCUGCCAGUGGGGAGAUGCAAUCGGCACAAGGCUCAGCGAACUCUGUCACUCUGACAGCGAAAGUCCUGCAAAUAUCCUGGGUUACAUUUUUGAUGAAGAGACCAAACGGAGAAUGAGAAAAGAAGACGAGGAAGAAGAUUAUUUAGAUGACAAUACAGUCAACCCUACAAAAUGUGGCUGCCCCUUUGCUCUCAAGAUGGCUGCCUGCCAGCUGCUGUUGGAAAUCACCACUUUCCUACGAGAAACCUUUCCGUGCCUACCACGCCCACGCACUGAACCACUCGUGGAUCUGGACAGCUGCCGCCUGCGUCUGGACCCAGAGCUAGGCCGCCACCGCUAUGAGAGAAAGAUCAGCUUUGCGGGCAUCCUUGAUGACGAGGACGGACACGACUCACUCAACAGCAGCAGCCAUACACUGAAAUCUGACACCACGUGCGAUGACAAGAAGACACAGGAAGCUCAAGCACCCAUCCGUAAGAUUCGUAUCGGAGGCUCACGGCUGCUUCAGAUCAAAGGGGCUCGCAGUUUCCGUAUAAAGAAAGGGGGUUCCCUGUCUUCCAUACGCAGGGCGGGGAGCCUCAAGAGCACGAAGCUAUCACGGCAGGACUCUGAAUCGGAGAACGAAGAAGGGCUCCUAUCACAAACACACAGCAGGGAUACUGUUACUGACAUAGGCAGUCCAUUUAGCACAAGUGAACCCAGCAUAGAACCAGAGGGCCCGAGCUCAGGAGGAGCAGAGGACAACUACCACCGCAACAUGUCCUGGCUCCAUAUUAUGAUCCUGCUGUGCAACCAGCAGAGUUUCAUCUGCACCCACAUAGACUUCUGCCACCCACGCUGCUACCAGCACCACAGCCGCUCCUGUGCCCGUCUGGUCCGCGCCAUCAAGCUUGUUUAUGGCGAGACGGUGGACAGCCUGAGAGAGGACAGCACCUCCUCUGGUAACAUUGGCACACGUGCCAAGAAGAAUAAAGAGUGUUCAGACAAGUCUUGCCUGAGGACCCCGUCCAUGAAGAGGAGACCCACUGAUUCCAACACAGAAGGGAAGAAGGAUACCGGGAUGCUCAAGUACAUACGCAACCAGGUGAUGAGCUUGUCACCAGCUCCUCUUUCGCUGCUGAUCAAGGCAGCUCCCAUCCUAACUGACGACAUGUAUGGAGACGUCCAGCCCGCAGCCUGGGAGCUCUUGCUCAGUGUAGAUGAACAUAUGGCAGCUGCUGCUGCUGCCAUGUUCCUCCUGUGUGCGGUAAAGGUCCCCGACGCGGUGACCGAAAUGAUGAGGGCAGAGUUCCAUCACCAGGAGGCCUGCCAACGCAUCAACUCCAUCCUAAAGUUUUACACGCUGUGGCGUUUCCGCUACCAGGUGUGGCCUCGCAUGGAGGAAGGAGCCCAGCAGAUCUUUAAGAUCCCUCCACCUAGCAUCAACUUCACCCUACCAUCCCCUAUACUGGGCAUGCCAUGUGUCCCCAUAUUUGACCCCCCCUGGGUGCCCCAGAACACAGGCAGCGUCCAGGACCCAAUCAAUGAAGACCAGUCUAAAUCCUUCUCGGCGCGGGCGGUGUCGCGUUCCCACCAGCGGGCCGAGCACAUCCUGAAGAACCUGCAGCAGGAGGAAGAGAAGCGGCGUCUGGGCCGCGAGGCCAGCAUUAUUACGGCCAUCCCAGCGGCUCAAGAGGCCUGCUACGAGCCCACAUGCAGCCCCCCGCCUGAGCAAGAGGAAGAAGCAGAAGAAGUGGUGAACCUGGCAUCACGCCGUCUGUCAGUCAGCCCCUCCUGUGCCUCCAGUAACUCCCACAGGAACUACUCUUUCCGUCGGGGCUCAGUGUGGUCUGUUCGCUCAUUGGCCAGCGCUGAAGAUGAAGAAAACACAACAGAACACACUCCUACUCACCACAUGUUACAGCCGCCCCAAGCCGUCUUCCCAGCAUGCAUCUGUGCUGCAGUCCUACCCAUAGUGCACCUCAUGGAGGACGGUGAGGUUCGAGAAGAUGGUGUGGCAGUGAGUGCUGUUGCCCAACAAAUCCUCUGGAACUGCCUGAUUGAAGAUCCAGCCCUGGUUCUCCGUCACUUCCUGGAAAAACUGACAGUGAGCAACCGACAGGAUGAGCUGAUGUACAUGCUGAGGAAACUCCUGCUCAACAUUGGAGAUCUGCCGGCCCAGACCUCUCACAUCCUCUUCAACUAUCUGGUGGGACUGAUCAUGUAUUUUGUGCGGACUCCAUGUGAGUGGGGAAUGGACGCAAUCUCGGCCACGCUGACCUUCCUGUGGGAGGUGGUGGGCUAUGUGGAAGGGCUCUUCUUCAAGGACCUGAAGCAGACCAUGAAGAAGGAGCAGUGUGAGGUCAAACUGCUGGUCACUGCAUCCAUGCCAGGAACCAAAACACUGGUGGUGCACGGCCAGAACGAAUGUGACAUCCCAACACAGCUUCCUGUCCAUGAAGACACUCAGUUUGAAGCCCUGCUCAAGGAGUGUCUGGAAUUCUUCAACAUUCCCGAGGCCAGAUCGGCACACUACUUCCUCAUGGACAAACGAUGGAACCUAAUCCAUUACAGCAAGACAUAUGUAAGAGACAUCUACCCCUUUCGAAGAUCAGUCUCUCCCCAGCUCAACCUGGUCCACAUGCUCCCUGAGAAAGGACAGGAGCUUAUCCAGAAACAGGUGUUUUCCCGUAAACUCGAGGAAGUCGGUCGGGUCCUUUUCCUCAUCUCCCUCACACAACACAUGCCAGCUGUGCACAAGCAAUCCCACGUCUCCCUUCUCCAGGAAGACCUCCUCCGCCUGCCGUCCUUCCCACGAACCGCCAUCGAUGCAGAGUUCUCGCUGUUCAACGAGCCACAAGGUAAGGAGCUGUUUGGUUUGGACACCCUUCACAAGGUGCUGUGGAUCAAGCUGCUGGAGGAAAUGUUUCUGGGCAUGCCCAGUGAGUACCCGUGGGGCGACGAGAUGAUGUUGUUCCUUAACGUCUUCAAUGGGGCCCUGCUGCUGCACCCGGAGGACAGCGCCCUUCUCAGACAGUACACAGCCACCGCCAUCAACACCGCCGUUCACUUCAACCAUCUCUUCUCCCUGAGCGGAUACCAGUGGAUCCUGCCAACCAUGCUGCAGGUCUAUGCUGACUAUGAGAGCGACCCUUUACUGAGGCAGGGCAUCGAGUUCUGCUGCCGGCAGUUCUAUGUUCUCCACCGCAAACCCUUCAUCCUGCAGCUGUUUGCCAGUGUGGCUCCGCUGCUGGAAUUCACAACCAGCACCAGCACUGGUCUGUCUAAAGGAGUGUCAGCUCAGUGUCUGUUUGACCUGCUGGUCUCUCUGGAGGGGGAGACCCAUGACGCCCUGGAUGCUCUGGAGCUGGUUAAGGCUGAAAAACCUCUACGCUCUCUGGAUUUUUGUUAUGGUAAUGAGGACUUGGCAUUUUCCAUCAGCGAGGCCAUUAAGCUGUGUGUCACUGUGGUCGCCUACGCCCCUGAAUCCUUUAGAAGUCUCCAGAUGCUAAUGGUGCUGGAGGCCUUGGUCCCCUGCCACCUCCAGAAGCUGAAGAGCAACACAGUGACAAUGGAGUCGGCCUCGGCUGCCAGGGACGAGAUCGCUGCCAUCGCGGCUUUGGCCACAUCCCUGCAGGCCCUCCUCUAUAGCUCAGAGGCCCUCACAAGGCCCAUGACCGCCCCCCAGAUGUCCCGCUGUGAUCAGGGCCAUAAGGGUGGCACUACAGCUAACCAUGCCAUGUCAGGAGGCGUCAACACCAGACUGAGGUCCUGUUUGUAUGCAAUGUCUGUGCCCAGGGACAACCUCCACCUGCUGGAGGAGGGCCAGGGAAUGCCGAGGGAGGAGCUGGACGAGCGCAUUGCCAGGGAGGAGUUCCGCCGGCCACGGGAGUCCCUCUUAAACAUCUGCACCGAAUUUUACAAACACUGCGGACCGCGACUCAAAAUCCUGCAGAACGUCGCCGGUGAGCCGCGGGUCACGGCCCUGGAGCUGCUGGACAUCAAGUCCCACAUGAGGCUGGCGGAGAUCGCCCAUGCCCUGCUGAAGCUGGCACCCUAUGACACCCUGACCAUGGAGAGCCGAGGGCUGCGGCGCUACAUCAUGGAGAUGCUGCCCAUCACCGACUGGUCAUCCGAGGCCGUCCGCCCCGCCCUCAUCCUCAUCCUCAAGAGGCUGGACCGCAUGUUCAACAAGAUCCACAAGAUGCCCACGCUCAGGAGACAAGUGGAGUGGGAGGCGGCCAGCAGCCUGAUCGAGGGGAUCUGCCUGACCCUGCAGCGACAGCCAAUCAUCUCUUUCCUCCCACACCUUCGCUCGCUGAUCAACGUCUGUGUCAACCUGGUGAUGGGUGUGGUUGGUCCGUCCAGUGUGGCAGAUGGGCUUCCUCUUCUCCACCUCAGCCCCUACCUGUCCCCUCCGCUGCCCUUCAGCACAGCAGUGGUCCGACUGGUUGCCUUGCAGAUUCAAGCCUUGAAGGAGGACUUUCCUCUCAGCCACGUGAUCUCACCCUUCACCAAUCAGGAGAGACGAGAGGGGAUGCUACUCAAUCUGCUCAUUCCCUUUGUGCUCACUGUGGGCUCUGGGAGCAAAGAUAGCCCCCACCUGGAGCAGCCCGAGAUCUUCCUGCUCCUCCAGACGGUCAUCAACAUUCUCCUGCCUCCCCGGAUCAUCUCCACCUCCCGCACCAAGAACUUCAUGCUGGACGCUUCUCCGGCUCACUGCUCCACCCCUGGCGACACGGGGAAGGAUCUGCGCAGAGAGGGGUUAGCCGAGUCUACCAGCCAGGCUGCAUAUCUGGCUCUGAAGGUGGUGCUGGUUUGCUUUGAGCGCUCAUUGGGGAACCAGUGGUACCGGCUGAGCCUGCAGGUGAAAGAGAUGGCUCUGAGAAAGGUGGGCGGCUUGGCCUUCUGGGACUUCAUUGACUUCAUUGUAAGAACCCGUAUCCCUAUCUUUGUCCUGCUGAGACCCUUCAUACAGUGCAAGUUGUUGACCCAGCCCGCUGACUCCCAGGAAGAGAUCACAGCACGCCACCACAUCGCUGACCAGCUGGAACGACGCUUCAUCCCGCGACCCCUUUGCAAGAGCUCGUUGUUUGCGGAGUUUAACAAUGAACUCAAGAUCCUCAAGGAGGCUGUGCACAGCGGCUCUGCCUACCAGGGCAAGACAUCCAUCAGCACGGUGGGCACCUCUACAUCAGCCUAUCGCCUCAGUUUGGCAACAAUGUCACGCUCCAACACCGGCACUGGCACGGUUUGGGAGCAGGACAGCCAACCGUCACGCCAGCCCUCCCAAGACACACUCAGCCGCACUGAUGAGGAUGACGAAGAGAAUGACUCCAUGAGUAUCCCAAGCGUGGUGAGCGAGCACGAGGCCUUCUUGCCCAGGGUGAUAGCACAGCGCCGUUUCUCCAGCCACGCCACCGGCUCAGCCACACUGCAGCCCGAGGCCCCCCGCACCACCAUGCUGCCCAGCCACAGUGAACCCAAUGUGCUAGAUGAGUCCCAGGGCCUUCUGCAGGAGGGUAACCUCUCUAGGGUUGCCAGUGUGCAGAGUGAACCAGGCCAGCAGAACCUUCUCAUCCAGCCUCCGUUAGGAAGAAAACGAGGCCUCAGACAGCUGCGACGCCCCCUGCUGUCCAUCCCAAAGAAUGAAUCCCGUGGUCGAUCCGGAGCGAGGCUCUCUACAACCCGCAGGAGCAUCCAGCCCAAGAACAAACCACUGGCGCAUGGAGACCAAAAGAGGUCAGUGACCUUUACAGAGAAUCAAGGCCAGCAGCCGUCUACUCCCACCGCUGUGGAGCCUCCAGGUGAGGACAGGAAGGCCAGUCCUGCCCUUUCAAAGUCCCCAACACUGGAGGUGCCCUCUACCUCGUCAGCCACGGUCACUGCCGACCUGCACGGCCCUGCUAACACACAGGCUCCCGGUGCUGGGCACAGCACCCGCCCCGGGCCCCCCGCCACCUCCGCCGCUGCCACCGACCCCUCUCCUGCCUCCCCCGCCGCCAGGGCCACCCAGGAUCAGAGAAAGCCCCGGGGAUGAGGACACGACGGCUCUCCUGCCGCGCAGCGACACCCUGCUGCAGCUCAGCGAGGACGAUGGCACAGAGAACCCUCUCCUCACCCCGCUGCUGUCCCAUUCCUCGCCCCGCCGGUUGCCCCGCCGCUCACCCCUGCCCCUCUCCCCUGUCGACCUGGACCUGGACGAGUCCCACGUGUGAGAGGAUUGUAUUUUUCUAUUUGUAGCCCAAGCCAAAUGCCAUACAGAUACCUGCAGGGUACAAAUAACAGGGAGGCUGCGCGGCACACAUUUCUAAACAUUUAUGAGCAAAAACAGAAACAUGUUCAUGUACACAACGUGUACAUUUAGGUUUGAUUGAUUGACAAUCUAAAAGAACCUAGAUGGAAAGAAAGGGAAUGUACAGACAGGAGACGUCUGUUUUUCCACACUAACCCCCUGCCUCUUCAAGUAUGUCUACAACCCACUGACUUGAUUUCAUUCUUCUUCCCCUCAGCUUUGCCCUGAAGCUAAGCUGCUCUCUCCUCAGUGUAGUUUAGUUUAGUUUUAACUUAAGUGUUCACUCCUGAAAACGACCCUUCCUCUCUCUGUAGGUCUUUUAUUGUAUCUUUUUAGUGUGUUGAAUAUCAACAUGAAAAUCAUUACCUGUUCUUAUGGCUACACACCCUGUGGGUUGAAUGUAUACUUCAGCAGCAAUCUACCUUUGUCUCUUUUAUCAUAGAAAUAUGAAAUCAUGUGAUCAAAGAUUUAUUUUUUAAUUCUAUUUUAUGUUACACAAAAUUAUUAAUGAAGGUAAAUAAAGAAAUGGUUAAUUGAUUGAUAUUUAACUAAUGAAUGCGUCUAAUAAUUAAACAUUUAAGAGGUCUAUCACAGAGAAAUUUAAAAAAAGGAGAUAUAACUUUUACGUGUCUAAAGUGUUGCAAAGAUUAUAAAGGGAUGCAGAACUUGUAUAAAUAGUAUAUUAAGAGCUAUUCUAAAGCUAUGGGUGAAAUGAAGAUGAUGAUAUACAGUAAAUAUACAACACAGUAUAUGUAUAUUAAACACUAUGUGAUCAACAGGAGCAGGAGAUGAAAGAUUUUAUAUUUUAGAAGAUUAUUAUGUUAUUCAGUAUGUUGAUAAAACUGUAAAAAUGUUCAUGGAACAAGUCGAGUAGGUAACAAAUCAUUGUUGUUUUUCCCACUUAAAUCCAGUGCUACUCCAGUGUUUGUUUUUAAAGGGGAAUUCCACCAGUAGCCACGGUUAGCCAAAGCUAGCCAAAGCUUAAACUAAAUCCACUUUUUUCUUAUCCAGACAUGUUCAUUUUGAUUUAGUAUUUCAUAUAUUUCAUAUUCCACAUGAUUAGAUCAAUUCAAUGAGGGCUAAAUUUAAUCAGUGUGGGGAGAAAACAGCUAACAGCUUUCGGAGUACCCUUUAAAAUUAAGUUCAGAUGAUCUUUGAAUGCGUUUGGUCUGUCUUGUCAUUUUAUUUUAUUUAGGUUUUUCGGUGCACUGGAAAUUGUCAAGGAUUUAAACAACAAAUCCACCACUGACUUGUUCAGCGAACAUUUUAAUGCAGUUCAGCAGCAGAUAAACCAAUCAUUGUGCAAUCAUAAUGUCAAACAUAUCCCUCCAAUUCUACAGUGUGUGUUGUGCUGCUCAGUGUCUAAACAGACUAUUUUAAGUUUGACCAAAGACUGUAUCUUUAUCUUGUGUUUCAGUGGUCUAAAAUAUGAAUUCAGAAAAACGUGUAACAUUUACUCAGUCACUCGUCCUGAUGUUGCAGUGCUGGUUUAGUUUGUGUGUCUGUGAUGUUGUCUUACGCUCACAGACUCCUUUAAUUGCGACUGUGAUGAAGCGAUGCAGUAGAUGGCUGUUACCUCGUUGCUCAUUCCAUGCCUUAACAGAGAAAUAUUAACAUAUUAACGUCUGUCAAUAUACACAUGUCUGUUUAUAUGAGUUUAUUCUGUAAACCUGAAAAAGAUCUGCAUAUAUAACCAUUUAUUUUAAGAUAAAACACACUUUUUGUAUGUUAAACUAUCUUACCUUGCUUUCAUGUAGAAGUCUGUUGCAGUCUAUUAAUGACUGAUCAUGUUACUGAUAAUAAUGAUGAUGUUAAAUCACAUAGUGCAGGAUCGAUAUGUGCCAUAACCCACGCCAACGCACUGUGAGUGUUUUGUUAUCGGCUGCUUCUCUCUGCUGUAUGUCAGUGCUGUAAUUUACGUUGUUUGUUUGGACUAUUUGUGAAAAUACUGUAAUCAUUUGGGUACAUAGAGAUUGUGUACUGUUUACGCAUUAUGCAGUGGGAAUAGAGAGGACAUAAUAUUUAAAUUGUAUUCUUAAUAAAACACAUAUUACUCCUCUGUUUCUAGCUAAUUUAAGACCCAAAAUGUUUGAGAGUACGACAGAGUAAAAGCAGUAAGUAAAUGUUUCUGUAAUGCAUUCUUGUCCUAUCAUGUCAGCUCAACACAUUCUUAGUUUCAUUUUUUUUAACACAAUGCAAAACAUCUAUCUCAAUCUAUCUAUCUCAAAUCCAUAAAACACACAUUGUACUUGUACAUCAUACUAAAGUCUUACAAAGAAAUACAAAGAGGUUUAUAGUCAGAAGGCCAUUGAACUGUUGAAUCUAAGUUCCCUUUAAAUGUACCGUGUCUGUGUCAAAUUAUGUCUUCUUUGUGUAAAGUUAGAAUAAACGACAGUAUAUCAGAAUAUUUCUGGAAUAUCUAAAUAAAUGGAUAUUGUUUACAAUGUUUUUCUGCUUUCUGUCCUUUUAUAACCACAGAGAAAACAGCAAGUUAUGG